CGAGGGCAACCGCAGCCAGCCAGCGAGCGGUCGGCUUCUGCGUUGGGGCGGCGGCGGCGGCGGCGGCGGGUCGAAUGCCUCUACGCCAUCGUCGUUGGGUCAAGAGAGGACAGCCAUGGACCCGGACCCCAACGGAGGAUGAUCCCUGACCAAGGAACCCCUGUUUUGUGGGUGCUGGAGGGGGACAGAGAACCUUGAGUGGAAUGAGCCCCUGCCAUGAUUGUGCCAGCCGCCUUCGCCAUGCCCAGGGCAGCCUCACUCGUCCUCCUCCUCUUCCUGGUGGGGGGCUGUGCUGGGGAAACAACAGCUGAUGGCCCCUACCUUGGUGUGGGGGAUGGCACCACUGUGGAGUUUGACUUCCCCGAAAACAGCCGUGGCAUCUUCAUGGUGUCUUGCCGCUAUCCGGGGCCAGAGGCAUGGCUGAAUGUGGCCUCUCUGGAGCCUACGGUCCUAGUCGUUGAGAAUGUCAGUGCUUCCUGGGGAGGGGGAUUUGUGGUGACAAUCCAGUCCACUCUGCCUGGUUUGGCCCCACUGCAGCUCCAGCUGUUGGAUCAGAGCCGCCUCGUAGAGGAGCGAAUGGAUUUCCGGAUCCACGUCUCUGCUGGCAGCUCAGAGUCAGCCCCCCAUUCUGGGCUGGGCCACUUCUCGGAGAACCCGGUCCUUUAUGCCCUCUUGCCUCUCAUUUUCCUCAACAAAUGUGCGUUCGGGUGCAAGGUCGAGGUGGAAGCUUUGAGAGGCCUGGUGCACCAGCCCCAUCCCGUGGUGCUCGGCAUUCUGGGCCAGUUUGUGGUCAUGCCCCUGUACGGUUACCUCAUGUCUGUGGCCUUCUCUUUGCCUACACCCUUGGCCUUGGGGUUGGUCAUUGCGUGCUCCUCACCUGGCGGCGGCGGCGGCUACCUGUACAGCCUUCUGUUGGGGGGCGAUGUGACAGUUGCCAUUUCCAUGACCCUCCUGUCGACAGUUGCCGCCACGGGGUUGAUGCCGCUCUCCUCGGCCUUCUACGGCCGCUUGCUCGGUGCUCAUGAGACCCUCCACGUGCCCUUCCUCAAGAUCCUCAUCACCCUCCUCUUCAUUGCGGUGCCCAUUUCGACUGGCAUGAUCGUCAAGUGGAAGCUGCCCCGCCUUUCCCGCCUCUUGCUUCUCCUCAUCAGGCCGUUCAGCUUCACCCUCAUCGUGGGAGGCCUCUUCAUGGCUUACCACAUGGGAGCCUUUAUCCUGGCCCACGUGAAACCCCCCACUGUGCUGGCCGGCGUCACUGUGCCCGUCUUCGGCCUUCUUCUGGGUUACCUCCUGGCUUGGUGCCUCGGACUGCCUGGGCCGCAGCGGCGGACAGUGAGCAUUGAGAUCGGGGUGCAGAACAGCUUGCUGGCUCUUGCUGUGCUGCAGCUGUCCUUCCAGCGGGCCCAAGCAGACUUUGCCUCGCAAGCUCCGUUCAUUGUGGCCCUGAGUAGCACGUCGGAGAUGCUGCUGCUGGUUUUGGGGCAUUUGGUGUACAAGAAACUCUGCUGUGCCGGCUCCUGAGUGCCUCUUGGGAAAGGGAGGUGGAUACCAAAGAUGUCAAGCGUCGGACACGGCCUACGGGGAGACGUUGAUACCAAAGGCGUGGGGGGGGGGGGGGCUGGGCUUCGUACGCCCUCUUCGGAGGGGUGUGGGUUGCAAGCCCUCAAGUCCAGAACCCCUCUGAAGGACGGCUCGGAGACCAAGAGGGCCCUUUCAAGUUGCAGGAAUCUUAUGGCAGCCUGCAUGGUCAGGCCUUUAAAAAAAAAAUUCUUCCCCUUCUUUUAAUCCAUUUGUCUUUCUCACCAACAAAAAGUGGCUGUAGGGAUUGAAGGUGAAGAUGUAAAACCGGGAGGCAUAAAAGAAGGGCGGGGAGGAGAUGGUCCUCCCCCUGUUCUUCACUAGGAAUACAGGGUUUGAAUAAAAGGAGAUCAAAGGUUUUGCAUUC